AUGUCGGUCCUCAACCCGGAAUCCGACCGGAUUGUGUUGGCUGAUACAUUUCCUACAAAAUCAAUUAAGAUGGCGAGAUGGGAAAUUUUAGACCAAUAUGACGGCAUCACGGACAGUAUGAAAGUAAAUAUAUUGAGCACAAUAAGUACUUCAAUUGAUACACAUGGAACAUCAGACAUGUAUGCAAUAGCCAAAGCUGUUAAAGAUUGGCUUGAUGAAACUCAUGGACCAUAUUGGACUGUAGUAGAUGGUGAAGACGGCAAAUAUCGUUCCGCUUUUACUUCUUCUAAUUCACAAUAUUUGAGGGUCAAGGAAACAAGACUAGGAUGGAGGAUUGUAAUCUAUAAACAAACGACGCCAUAA